GGAUUUAUCUACAUCAAAUAUUUGAUAAGUUUUGAAAUGAAUUAAAAUCACGUGGUGUUGAUUGUUCUCGAAAGUAUAAAACGCCAUUUUGUGGAAAUCCUAGUCAUUCGCCAUCAUGAAGGCUUUCAUUGCUCUGUGUGCCAUUUUUGCACUUGCUCAAGGCGCAAGCCUUAAUCACCGUAUUGUUGGUGGUAACACCGCUGAACCCGGCCAGUUCAAAUUCAUCGCAUCCCUGCGUCAGGCAGGACAGGACCGUCACUUCUGUGGGUCUACCAUCAUUGGUAAACGUGUCCUCCUGACCGCUGCCCACUGCAAAGUCUACGAGGUAAGCGAAACCGUUGCUGUGGUAGGUACCAACAAACAAGACGAUAAGAACGCCAAACGUCACGAAUUGGAAGCUUUCAUUAUUCAUGAAAACUAUGAACCCUCUUCCAUUACCAACGAUGUCGCUGUGAUUAUCCUCAAAGAAGAUAUUGAAUUCGGUGAUUUGGUUCAACCUCUACCUUUGGCCAGCCGUGCUAUUUCUGAUGACGAACGUCUAACCAGUGCCGGAUGGGGAUUGACCAGCUACCCUGGAAACGUCCCCAAUGAUUUGCAAUGGAUGCAAAUGAAUGUGGUGUCCCAUGAUUUGUGUCAAUGGAUUACCGGUGCUAGUCUUACGGGUAAGAUCUGCACUUUGGAACAGGAGGGUCAAGGUGUGUGCUCUGGGGACUCCGGUGGCCCACUUGUCAAUGAACUGAAUGAGAUUGUUGGUAUUACCUCAGCUGCGUACCUGUGCGCUCUUGGUAUGCCAGACUUCUUUACCGAUGUCUACUACUUCAGGGAUUGGAUUGUUUCAAAUGGAAAUUUGUAAAUUGUAAUUGUUUGAAUAAAGAUUGAUUAGAAAGUA